UGCUCAUUGUAGAGUGAGCCUGAGCUAGGCGGAAUAUAUGCUGAGUGUGGAUGUUGAGAUACUUGACUAUUAUUGAGUAGACAGUCUUGCAACCUGUUGAGCGUUGUGUAAGAAUAUGAUAGAGAGAAUAGGUUUACAGCGUCGUUUUCGUCCAGAUUAUUAUUCCGAGUGCAAUGGCAUGAUAACCGAUGACUGUUGAAGGUAACUCAAGUGCAAAUUUGGUCAGAAAGAUGUCUUCGUCAAGUCGAGUGCUGGUGUUUGCGCUGACAAUGACGCUGUACAUUGUUGAAAUGGCCUCGGCUGAAACGCUGUGUGGUGGAGAGUUGGUGGACGCGCUUCAGUUUGUCUGUGAAGAUAGAGGAUUCUAUUUCAGUAGACCUGGUAGAUCCAGCAAUAGGCGAUCUCAGAACCGAGGGAUUGUGGAGGAGUGCUGCUUCCGCAGCUGUGACCUCAACCUCCUUGAGCAGUACUGUGCCAAACCAGCCAAGUCAGAGAGAGACGUGUCAGCCUCCUCUCUGCAGGUCAUACCCGUGAUGCCCGUUCUCAAACAGGAGGUACCCAGGAAACAGCACGUGUCCUCCAACAACAAGUACAUCCACUUAGAUGCGUGGCAGCGGAAGGCGGCCCAGCGCCUUAGGAGGGGUGUGCCCGCCAUACUGCGGACCAGGAAGUUCCGGAGGCAGGCGGAGAAACUGAAGAUGAUGACCCUGGAGCAGCCUUUCCACCGGCCCCUGAUCAGCCUGCCCAGCAAACUGCCCCCCGCUCUGAGCCCCAUGGACAACUACAUCAGCAACAAAUGAGACCCACCACCCAUACACACACCUCCCGCCGCUCACCCCCCCCCCCCCCCUCACCCUCUUCGCGUGGCCCUUUGCACAGAUAAGAGUUUGGAGGGAGGAGGACAAACAGACUAGGGGAUUAUAGCUUUGUCUCUGACGUCAUUUCUGUGGCAGUCUUCUUUGACCUUCCCUGCCCCAUCAGAAGCCCACCACCCAUCCCGUCUCCUACUACCUGACCCUCUGACCCCCUGCCCUCCUUCCACCCCCACCCUUUUAGCCCCUGACAGACACUCAAAACAUGCCUUCACAUUCUUCCUGUCUCAACUCUGUGUCUGUCUCUUUCAUUCCCUGACACAAAAGGCAUAAACACAAAUGACGAACAAAAACAAUUAGGCUGAAUGCGAUUCAGGUGGAUCCUUGAGGAAAAGAGAAAAAAACAUAAUGGAAGAAAAGAAGAUGAAAGAGUUCUGUAGCUGACAAGUGUGAAGAGGACACCCAAUGGAAUGUUUUUUGCAGACAAGAAAGUGAAGUGAACAGAAAGUGAAGAACAGCUUGCAUAAAAGAAUCCAUUCCACAACACUUUCCUGAGGCAGAAAAAAAGAAAAAUCUCUAUUAGUAUUUUGUUCUUAUUAGUUUGCACCUCUAACUAUAAAGGGACUUCCACACUGUAAGGAAUUACUUUGUAAAAUUAGAUUCCUGUUCCAGCACCUUUUAAUCACAAACAAAAAGCAGAAAAGUGUCUGCAAAAUUGCACAUCGCCACGGAUUACGUCAAAGUAAAGAAAAAAAGGCACUAUUUUUUUAUGAACAAUGAACGUGUAGCUUAAAAAAAUGUCAUGGUGCUAGCUUUGGGAAUGGACUCAAAGAAGAAGAGGUUCAGAAGCACGUUAUUAUUUUUUAUUUUUUAAUUAAUAUUGCAACUUUCCGUUUUAUGGAAAGUUGGACUUUUGAGAAGGAGGAUAAAUGAUAAGGGGGACUUCCUGGACAGUGUUUUAAGGGGGAAGUAUGAGUCAGUUUGGCUGGCAGCUGGUGUUGGCCCACAGACAUGGGAAGGGGCUCCCUGCAGCUCAGGCCUGUCUCCGCCCCCCCCCCCCCCCCCCCCCCCGCGCUGGCAGGAGACAGGGAGAAGUGUGGGGACACUUAACGGGAUACUGUGGACUGCCUGGAUUGGGACAGUAAUACACUUCCUGUUCCUGGACAGUGCUUCCUGUUUGCUGUGGCGUUAUAUGACCCUGGCCACCUGCUCUGACAGGAAAUGACCUGUCCAAUGGACACAGAGCGAGUGGGAUGACGAUGAUUAUAUUUAGGUUUUUGUCUUAUUUUGGUCUUUCUUUUCUCAUCUAUGUUUUUAAAAAGAAAAAAAGGAAUACCCUGUCCGUGUCUGCUACCAUGACAACCCUGUUUUUGCAAGAUAGGCAUUUCCAUGGUCAUUGUUAUGUUAUUUUACAGUUUUAAUGAAAGGCACAAAUUUCAAUUCAAAGGGAAAAAACAGCAAUAAUGGAAACUAACAUUUUAUGUUAUUGUAUAUCAGUAGUAUUCACAUGCUUUUUGCCUGAAAACAAAUACUUGAAUAUAUAUAUAAAUAUAUAUAUAUAAAUAUAUAGAUAUAUAAUUAGUGUCCAGGGACGUCAUGAUGGGUUCCUGUAGUCUGAGCUGUAUCUUGCAUAAUGAGCCGCCAAGCUUUUUUGUUUGUUUGUUGAAAUACAAAUAAGGGCACUGUAUAAAGGCAUUAUUUAUUUUGUUAUAAAAAUAUAUAUGAAAAUUGGUCCAAAUAAUAUACGUAGCACUGAUGCUCAACUGACGGAUUCAUUUUGUAUGAUUUCUUUUUUUUCCCAUUUGACUUGUAAUGCUUUUGUAGAUGCUUUGUACCAAAAAUAUCUCCUCUUUUCCCUUUUUCCCGCUGCCACAGAAAUACUUAAAAAAUAAACAUGUAACAGCAGCAUA